AUGCUUGAAGAAAUUGCUUUAACAUCCAAGGUGUUGACAAUCUUAAGCGAGCUAUACAAAGUAUUCUCAAGUUACCAACAAUCUGAAGCGAUCUGUUAUGAUGUGAACAAGCGAUCAGUUUUGAGAACGAAGUGGAAAGAUAUAAGCUUGGAGAAAGCUAUCAUAAUCAUUGUAGCAGGAAUUUGGACCGAGCUCAGCAACACAGUUGUCUCAAGUGACUUAUUGGUUGAUGGUCAAAGAAGGGGAGGAGAGCGAUACAAAGCCUUCUUUUAUAUUCAUGAGGGUAGCAGGUGCACAGCAGUCUACUAA